AUGUCUGCCGCGCAGCGCCACGCCGUGAUUGGCCAGCGUCCGCCCCCUCGGUCCCGAACGGCGGCCUCUGAUUGGCCGGCGGCCGCGGACGAGGCGGGCUCUUUUCAGCUGUGACUGUCAAGAUUGGCAAAGGGCUGGCGCUGCUACGUGCAGGUAAAAGGAGCAGGCGACACAACAGAAAACAUUCACCCUGGCGGAAAGCGAGGCGUGAGAUGGGAACGGACCGUCCGCUGUAGCCCGCAGCAACACGCACGCGAGCGAGCGAGCGAGCGACCGAAGUCUGCGAAUUUGGGAGAGCAACACCUCCGGCGCCUUGGGAGAAAGUGCCGCUGUGUCAACCAUCGCUCGGCUCGCUGAGCAAAAAAAAAAAAAAAAAAAAAAAACGCAACUUGGACGGACAGCUGCGUGUUUCCAAGCCAGCCAUCAACAAAGAAUGAAAGCCUUCAAACGAGCUCUGGAGGACGAGCAUCGCCCGGAGCAGGAGCACUCCUCGGCGGUGUCGGACAGCGACGACGGCUCCCCGCUCGACCUGUCGGGGAAGCGGCUGUUCGGCAAGCGGCGGCGCCGCGGCAACCUGCCCAAGGAGGCGGUGCAGGUCCUGCGCAGCUGGCUGUACGAGCACCGCUUCAACGCCUACCCGUCGGAGCAGGAGAAGCUCAGCCUGUCGGGCCAGACCAGCCUCUCGGUGCUGCAGAUUUGUAACUGGUUCAUCAAUGCCCGUCGGCGCCUCCUCCCUGAUCUGCUCCGCAAGGAUGGAAAGGACCCCACCAAAUUCACCAUCUCCCGCAAGGUCGGCUGCAAAGGCGACGGCCCGUCCGCUGGAGGCGGAGCCGGCUCCCCUGACCGAAGCCCGGCCUCCGGCUCGUCCCAACAGCGCCCAUCUGUCAUCCGCUCUGGCCCCACGCUGGACCUCAGUCUUCUCGGGAGCACGGCGACCGCUAUUCUAACGGGGGCGGGAUACCCUGGAAGAGAAGCAUCGGUCCAGGCCCUGAUGAAGCUGGAUACACAGAGUCUGCUGCGGGAAGCCGAGGAGCAGGGAGCCGGCACGGCCUGCCUCGCCAACACUACAGCGGCAGCUAUUCCCAACAGUGGCCUCUUCAACACACCUCCCCCGACUCCCCCCGAGGUGUUCCCCACUCACGACUUCAGUGAUUUGAGGCUCCUGGUUGACGCGGCCCUGCAGAGGGCGGCCGAGCAGGAGAACCAGAAGAAGCUGGAGAGCGAGAGCAGCCCCACCGGUGCCGCGAUGAUGUCGGACGCGGGCCCGCGCUGCAGCGGCGACGCGGGCCCCACGCCGCCGCCCGAGGACGGCCAGCAGGUCAUGGACGCGUGCAGGGUCCAGCGGCUGAUGGAGAAGGCGAUGGCGGUGGCUCCAGUGCCUCACUCGGCGCCUGCGUCCGUUGUGGUCCCUGCGCCGUCGUCCACCCGGCCCGUCAUCGCGAGCCCGACGGAGACGGAGCAUUCUCAGGCCUCGGCGCCCGCCGUCGGACUGCCGCGUCCUCAGAACUCGCCCGCUGCUCCGGCCGGUACCUCGGCUCCACCGGCUCCGGUCUCGGCGCCAUCGGUCAUCGUGUCGGCCACAGGCCCCGCCUCGGCCGCGCUUCCAGGCCAGACGUCGCCCGCGGCCGUGGCUCUGGUUCCAGCUGCUCCCUCUCCAGCCGUCACCCCCUUCACGUCCCCCCGAGGAGUCCCGCUCUACCUUCCCUUCCACAAGUCCGGCUUGAUCCCGGUCGCCAUUUCAUGCCCGUCGCCCGUUUCGGCCUCAGAGUCGUCUCCGGCCUCGGCGGCCUCCGCCCUGACGCCACCCCCCGCUCCGGCGGUCGCUCCUUUGGGCCUCGUGUCCUCCUCCAUGAGCAGCGGCGGCCCGCAGAGGAGCUCGGCGGUGGUGCCCAGCGUGUGGGGCAUGGUCCACGCCGACUCCAGGCACGCGGGCUCCCUGCAGGUGGUGAGCGCCCCCAUGGCCACAGUGUGGAGCCAACAGCACAACAUGCACACGGUGAGUGAAACCGUUAACUAGGAGCCGGACGAGACUGUACAUACGAGCGCGUGGCGACGCAGCGGGGAGGCCGGCGAGGCGUUUUAGAAGUACUUUUAUUGUAAAAUACGCAGCUCCCGUUGGAGGCCGGUGAGAACUCUUUGUGCCGUCUCGCAUGAACAUUCCUCAAAGCACAGCUGAUGUUUGGCCGCUCAUCACAACCGGUGAGCGAGGAAGGAAAUAUCCCGCAAUUGUACAAAACCUUCACCAGGUGUUGAGUGCGUACACCAGCAGAACCAGCCUCUUCAGUAGCAGUACUGGACAUGAAUGUAAAAAACAUUGGCUGUGUGUCCUCCAUUCCUCUCCAGAACAAGGCAGGCAGACAUUUCUUCCUAAGUACAGCAGCUCGUGCAAUUGUGCUUCAACUUUUCCCACAAAUCAGUUUUUUGUUUUCUUUAUUCCACGACGUUCCCGGUUUUCUUUUUCUGAGCAGAAAUGAACAGCGGGAAAUUGACUGUACUGCAGUGAACUAGAGUCAGCGUGUCGUCUCCAUCACACUAAGAGGAUUCAUUGCCCCUAAUUGUUAUCUCCAAACUAACAUCCUUUUAAGCAACUAGUGUUUGUUUUUUUUCUUUCUUCUUUGUGAGAACCGUUACUUUCAUGACUUCAGCAGUUGUGUGAAGUUAUCAGGGAUUGUUUAGGUGGAGGACGAAGGGAAGCGGGUCGUACUGGAUCUGUUACAGAAAUCCAUUUCACUACUUGGCCGUGUGAUCACAUCAAGCUCUUACAGCCUCUGAAAUGAAAUGUUCCACUCGCUGUGAGAUGUGGCGCCUUUUUACUUUUCGCAGCACAAAAUACUUAAAGUAUUGGAUCUAAUGAGAUUUCCCUGUUGACUUGGGGCCCUUGUUUUUUUGGUCAGUAUAUUUCAAAACUGAAUGUGAAAAUAGUGCUAGUGUCUUCACAAAGCAAAUGUAGCAGAUGUACUUUUUUUUCUUUUCAGGAAGGUAAAACAGCAUUAAAAUGUAGUUUUUCUUACUCAUGCUUUCCACCUAGAUUUUUAAUCAUUCAUAAAACUGUAGUUUCCAUGAAACUGUGUUAGCACAAACCACAAUAUAUGGCUGGAUGCCAACUGGGCAUCUAUUAACGGUAGCGUGCAGUGUAAAUAAUACUGUAGCAGACGUGUCACUCAGCCACGGGUGGUUCAGCUGCGUUUAACGUGCAAGGAAUUGGAAGAGACAGGAGGGGUCAAAGGUCACGUGAGGUCAGAAUACUGCUGUGCACUGAUGCUAGCGUCACAUUGUUGUUUUCCUGUUCAUGGCAAGUAGGAAGCCUCCAACCUGUCUGUCUGUCUCUCAUUUCUCUCCACUUGUUCGCUGUACAAGACGAUGGGUUCUUUUUAAUUUUUAUCAGAUCAAUGUGAUUUAUACCUCAAUUGACACAGAUCAUGUCAGGCUUGCUUCAUGUAGAAUAAGUAUUAAAGUAAUAUUUUUAAUCUUCUUCGAACAUCACCCCACUGUGACAACACCUUACCUGGAAAUGGCUGGAUGAAGUUUAGGUUUUAUGUAAGGUUUUAGGUGCAAACUGAAACUCUGUAAUAAUUGGUAAAUGGUUUCAGUGUUCUUUUUUCUCUCUAUGUAUUUGUGUGCUUGAUUGCAAACUGUGUAGUUCCUUUUACAGCCAAAUACAUUCAAAAUUGUUUUUUUUUUUUUUCUGUCGAUGUUGUGAAUCAUGACUGAUUCUUGGCAGUAAGACUGGCUGCUGUGCCUUAAACCUUUGAGGGAUAAUAAUCCUUUUUUUUUUAAUACUUCUUGAUAGUCCGUGCAAUAUAUGCCUUAAACUUUAAAUGUCUGUUUUGUAUAAGCAUUUCAAAAUAAAAGUUUCAUAUGUUAA